AUGGAGGGUUUCAAGGGGGGCCUGGAUGCCGGCCUGGGGUUGCUCAUCAAUUGCGGCACCGGCCGCGCGGUUCAACUCCUUGCCCACAUACUGGCUGCGGCGUUUCGGAACGUGGUUCUGAACGUGAGGGCUCACGAGAUUGAGCACCUAACCCAGCAGCUGAGGUCACAGAAUUCUGGGCGACGGGAGGAGGCGGCGCGGUUGCUGGGGCUGUACGCCGCUGUCCGGCCUCUCUACCGCACCUGGAUCUUCAGGGAGGGGGCGAUCCCGCGCCUGGUGCCGCUGCUCAAGUCGCGCAACAUGCGGGCGCGCCUUGCGGCCGCGGACGCCGUGCGGUACCUCGCUCUGGACAAGGACGUGAGGGACGAGGUGGUGAGGGCGGGGGCCGUUCCCAGGUUGACGCGCCUGCUGCGCAGGCGGUAUGUGUAUCGCUUGAGGAUAUCCGCGGUGCGCGCCCUGGGCACGCUGGCUGUGGGCAAAGAGAACGUGGCCGUAAUCACGGGUGGGGCGUUCGUGUCUGAGGCGGUGCGAACGGCAAAGAGGCUGGGGAACGAAGUGGGAGGUACGUUGCCAGGGCGGCACCGCAACAAGGCAACCCUCCUGGCGGCAGUGCUUGACUUGCUGGCCAGGUUGUGCGAGGAUACGGGCGCCACGCAAGAGUGCAGGGCUGAUGGGGAACUGCUUGGGGUCCUUUGUAAGCUAAUGCUCACAAAUGAGACUGAGGUAGUCAAUUCUUCUCUGGCGUUCACGCUCAAGUUACUCGAUGAUGGGCCAGACGCCCUGAAGACGGAGGUGGUGGCGGCUGGCCUGGUGUCCAAACUGUUGAAGACAUGGCAGCAUGCUUCAGGCCCUUCACAAACUGCCCUCCAGGUGCUGAUUGCGGUGGCAGAGGUGCCAGCAAACCAUGGGGCCCUGCGAGAGGGAGCAGAGAAGAUGCGCUGGGUGUCCAGGCCAUCCCUGCUGCAGCUCGAGGAGUGCUUGGAUGUUCAGCGGGAGGGCUGCGAGAUGAAGCAGACAGGGGUGCUGAGCUUCCUGGCAUGCCUGUGCGCCAAUGCCUCAGUCCUGACUAUGCUUCGAAAGACAGCCAUUGUCACGACCCUGACUGCCCGCCUCAAUGAGCAGCCUAGGCCAUGCCAGGCUGCCCUUUGUCAGGCAUUGGCUGCCCUGUGUGCCAAGACUGAGUUCAGGAAGCAUUUUGAGGAUGAUGGCACAGUGCCCCUGCUGGUAGAGAUGCUGUUUUCUGAAGAGAUGGAGGUUGUGGACUCUGCUGUGCAGGCAUUGUGCAGAUUUGCCUGUUCAGAGUCUUCGCAGAUGCUCAUAGCAACGCCAAAGAGCUUGGAAAGGCUGUUGGAGCUGCAAACUUCCGACAACACCAGUUUGGUAUGUGGCACAUUGGAGUUGCUGCGUCAGCUGUCUCAGAGACUGGCUGUGCAGGAGCUCCUUCGAGAGGUUGAGAUUCCUGUGCGAUAG